ACACCCGGCCGUUCGCUCCCGGGGUGGGCGGGGCUGCCACGUGACCCACUUGCCCCGCGUGACCCGAUUGCUAUGGCACCUGCGGUAACAAUCAGGCCCACAGCCCCGCCCCUGCCCACCCCGAUUUCCCCACCCCAAGCCCUGGACAGGGCCUCCCCGCCCCUCCGGGGCCCCAGACACCCACGGAGGCACGCCAGCUUCAGGGAGCUCUGCGAGUGAAGGCCGUUCUAGGACAAGCAAGAUCCCUCUUGUGCAAGUGACGACUGAGCAAGACAAUGAACGAGGUGAAAGAGUCCCUUCGAAGCAUCGAGCAGAGGUACAGGCUCUUCCAGCAGCAGCAAUUCACCUUCAUCGCCGCCCUAGAGCACUGCAGGGAGGCCGCCCACGACAAGAUCCGGCCCAUCACCAGCAUCGAGCAGGUCCAGAACUACGCGGAUCACCACUGCAACAACUCCACAGACAGGCGUAUCCUGCUCAUGUUCCUGGACACGUGCGCUGAGCUGAGCAAGCUCUGUCAGUGCUUCGAGGCCCUGCACUCGGGCACGCCGGUCACCAACAACCUCCUGGAGAAAUGCAAAACCCUCGUGAGCCAGAGCAACGACCUGAGCAGCCUGAGAGCCAAAUACCCUCAUGACGUGGUGAACCACCUCAGCUGUGACGAGGCCCGGAACCACUACGGAGGCGUGGUCAGCCUCAUCCCCAUCAUCCUGGACUUAAUGAAAGAAUGGGUGGCCCACUCGGAGAAGCUGCCCCGUAAAGCGCUGCAUGUGAGUGAGCCUGAGCCACGCCCAGAAGCCACUGCGGGGGCCGCUCGCCUCUCCCAGACCACAGGCACCCGGCCUGGGUCAGGAAAACACCAGUGUAGGCAGCUUAGAAAAGACAGCCUCAAACCUGGGGGGAGAGACAGAGGAUGUCCAAAACCUCCCUGGAGACCGCCUGGUGGGAAACUGUAACUCAAGACCAGUGCCGUGCUGGUGGCCAGUGCCACCGCCUGGGGCACCGUUACUAACAUGGUUUCCACAGGCCCAUCCAUUUUGAUUGACGCCACAGCCCUGCCACUCAACCUCACAGGGGCCGCCCCGUUAUUCCUGAGAACCUCUCUCUCCCUCCUGCUUCAGCAUCUCACUUCCCCUCGCCUCCGAGCAGCAGGCUCUGUGCCCACGAAGAGGGUGUCGGGGAGGCUGGGAAGGAGCAAGGGCACUGCCUGCCUGGCCCAGGUCUCCUUAGGGCUCCCACCACCACUCGGCCAGGCCCGCCCAGCACCCAGCUUUCCAGGCGGAACCAUCCAGCCGGAGGAGGCCGCAGCGGCAGCCGUGGGCAAGGCGCAUGUCCGUGCAAGACGGGCUGCUCCCACCGCGCAGGCCGCGGCGGGUCAGCACGGGACCGUCCUCAGUGUGACCCAGUCUCCACACUGCAGCCCGAGGGAACGGGCCGCCUCUCCUGUCCUGUACUUGGGACAGGGAGACUGAGGAACUCUGAUUGUGGCUCCUGUACAAAGACGAUGACCUGGUUUGCACAGCCUGAGAGGCCUGGGAUUGUGAGAUGUGUCACUGGCUCGUGAGUGUGCCACAAGUGCUAUCUGACUUUUGGUUUUUCCCUUCACAGGGGGCGACUUAGCUUCUGUAUUCUUGCUUCCUCGGGGGCAACAGUCAAGAAUAAAACUGUUCUACCACCA